AUGAAAGCUUACAGAUCGCCUUGUUAGUCUUUCCAUACUGUAAGAACUUCACAAUGCAAUUUUGCUACUCCAGAACGACUGGUCAAAGUGUAAACAAACUCGGGAGUUAAAUCUAGUCCAUUUUAAAAAAAUGAAAAUUAAUUCAAAAAUUACCAAUCCAACACAAUAGCAAAGAAAAAAGAUAGUACAAACCUAUACGAUUACAUAAGUGAAUUAGAACAAAAAAUCAAUAAAUUAGAGCAAAGUUAAUGUAGGAGUUUAAACAAUAAUUAUCCUGAGAUUUUAUAACUCGAGAAAAGAAUGUUAAUGUUGCUAAAUGAAAAUUGCGAAUUAAAGAGUGAAGCCCUUAUGAAUUAGAAAUUGGCAUAUGAAAAUGAACAACUUAAAUAGUUGGUUUAAGAACAAUAAAUGAAAAUUCUUGAAUUUGGGGAACAAUACAACUUGCUUUUUGAUUCUCAUUAAAAGGUUUGUGAGGAAUACAGGAUUUUAGAAUCUAAAAUCUAAACUUACGAACUCACCAUGUCUAUAAGAAAACAUUCAAGUUUUAGUGAAUAUUUUAAGACCUCUGAAUGA